AUGAACUCGGGACCCUCUUUUAUCACCGAAUGUAUAUUGAAUAGAAGUGCUCCAAAUGCACACAAACUCAUGGAGGAAAGCCGGCUUCAGGAGACACUACUCUUGCUUCCUACAGACGGAGGUGUCGCAUCCAAACUGAAGAUGGCAAAGGGAAAGAAAAUGAACCUCUUGACAGAGGUACAUCAUAAGUCUGCACCACAUCGGGGAUACCGUGAAAUCAAUAAAAAUGCUAAAAGUUCCUUGAACGAGUACAUAACCUCAAGCCGCCAAGCAUCGCGCGAAGCUCGCCGAAUUGCGAGCGAGCUCGACUUAAAGACACGUCAGGGCCUCUACGAUCAUCUCGAGAAGCAUCAUCAAGAAAUUUACAAGAGUCUGCCAAGGUAUGAUCGGUUUCUUCCUAUGCACCAAGAGCUGUGGGUGAAUUAUGCGCGAGAAUUAUUGAAUAUUCCCGCAAAUGUCCAGAGCGCUUCAAAGUUAAACAUUAAUGGGUCCAACGCGCUCGUCAAGCUGUCCAUGGCUGACUACAACGGUUGCUUACUGACUGUUUCUAAGAGCAAAAAUGCCAAUUUAUGCGGUACUGCCGGAAUUGUGAUCUGGGACUCGCAAAAGAGCUUUAUAAUAGUACGCCGGGGAACACUAGUGGACGAAAUCAAGUGUAUACCGAAGAAAGCGACAGUUUUCACUUUUGAAAUACCUGUGAAUGAUGAGGAGGCUUUGCAAUACACGAUUCUCGGCGAUCGAUUCAAAUACAGAAGCAGCGAUAGGGCCGGGCGUAAAUUCAAAAGUCGACGGUGCGACGACAUGUUAUACUACAUACAGAAAUAG